AUGCUGGGCAUCCCGGCCGACGUCCAGCGCACGAUCUUCAACCGCGGCAGCCUCGGCGGGCCGCGCAAGACCAGUUCCGCCUUUGACGGCUGCCGCGGCGGCGAACGUGUGGAGAAGUUGGUGAGCGUCGAACUCGCGGGCUACGGCGCGGCCGGAUCGAGCGCACAUCACGUGCCGAACGCCUCCGCGUCGCUCGGCAGCGACGCGUGUGCGGAGGCGGCCCACAAGGAGGCGUGCAUCAUGAACGAGUGCCCGUGCGCGACCAGCGAGUCAGGGGACGCAAACGUGCGCCGCAAGGCCAACAAGUUGAGCGAGUUCUCGCUCGAGGGCGAUUCGGCGCACGCGUGGGACGAGGGCGUCGCCCUCCACGCCGGCUUGCUCGAGCCACCCCCCGUUUCCGACCGCAACUUUCUCCACCCGCUGGCGGAGGCGCUGCGCGCCUCUGGCACCGGCCGCGCCGGUGGCGGGACUUUGGGGCAGUCACGGCCGACAAUCGAGAUCGCGCAGGGCGAGAAGCUGCUCCGGACCGGCGCGCGCGACUCCGUGCGCGCCAUCGUCGACGCCGCCGCCACUCUUGGCCGGCCCUCCCUCCGCGAGUGGUGGUGGUGCUGCGCCCCUGCGGCGGUGCUGCUCCUCCAAGCGUGCGGCGCCUGCUGGCUGCUGCUGGGGCAGCGGGCGCCGCGCUCCGGUGCGGCCUCGGGGCAGCGGCCCAGCAAGACGGUCCGUCCUCGGCUGAGCAAGAGUCUCGGCUCGGUGGCCUUGCUCCUGCUGAUCUCCGCCCUCCCCGUGGCUCGGGCUGGCUCGGGCGAGGCUGGCUCGGGCGAAGCUGGCUCUGGCGAGGCCGGGUCUGGUGAGCAGGGCUCCGGACUUUGGGGGGUGCCGCCGUCGCUGCCGCCUCUGUCUCCGCCGGUGCUCUGCGAGGACGGUUCGGAGUUGAUCGCGCUGCUCUGCCCUUACGCCGGGACGCAGCUGGGCUGCGACACGGACCUGCACACCGUCAACCCCGCCGCUCCGGAGGGCUCGAUUCUCUCGCGGAUCUGCCCGGCGAGCUGCGGCGCGUGCGAGCCGGAGGAGAGCACUCCACCAUCGCCACCAUCGACACCGAUCCCACCGCUACUGGUGCUGUGCGAGGACGAUCCGGGCGGCUUGCUCACCGCUUGGCUCACCGCUUACCGCGGCUGCGCCUUCUUAACGGCGGGGUUGGUGGGCUGUGACACGGACCUGCACACCAUCAACCCCGCCGCUCCGGUGGGCUCGACCAUGUCGCUAAUUUGCCCGGCGAGCUGCGGCGCGUGCGAGUCGGAGGAGAUCACUCCACUAUCGCCACUGCUUGUGGCGGCGUUGCUGUGCGAGGACGAUUUUUUUGGUCUCGCGGCCAGCUACGGCGGCUGCACGUUCUUCUUGACGUUCGGCUGCGACUUCGAUCUGCACACCGACAUCCGGGACGAGAUCAACAAGGCCGUGGACCAGGGCCGCAACGCGAGCGUCUACGUCCCGCCGGGCGUCCGCCUUGCCUUUAGCAGCAACGUCGCGUGCGGCGGCGACAUGCUCCUCUCGGUCCGGAGCAGCGGGGAGGGCGCGACGCUCGACGGCAAGAAGAGCUCCAACAUGUUCUCCAUCUUUGGCGGCUGCAGCCUCUACCUGGAGGCGCUGCACUUUGUGGACGGGGUUGGUGAUUACGGCGGUGCGGUGCUCGCUCUUGGCGCUGGCGAUAUUGCGAUGAAAGGCGUGUCCUUCACGGGCUGCGAGGCUAACCAAGAGGGAGGAGGUAUGUUCGUGUGGGACAGCGGCGACGUCUCGCUGGAGAGGGCCAGCUUCAGCAAGUGCACGGCUGUCAAUCGCGGAGGAGGUAUGUCCGUGUGGAACAGCGGCGACGUCUCGCUGGAAAGCGCCAGCUUCAGCGAGUGCACGACUACCCUGUACGGAGGAGGUAUGAACGUGGACAACAGCGGCGACGUCUCGCUGCACGGCGCCAGCUUCAGCGAGUGCACGGCUGGCGAUGACGGAGGAGGUAUGCGCGUGUGGAAAAGCGGCGACGUCUCGCUGGAGAGCGCCCGCUUUGUCCGUUGCACGAGUGUUCAAGCGGUGCCGCGCGCCCCCUCCACAAGAGGGCUCUUUAUCUCAAUGGCAUCGAUCGCCUAG